GUCAGCCAAUAUUUAGCAGAAGCUGACACUGAGGAUUGUCACAACCAGUCAUGGACCGUCUCUGGAUCCUGAGCUGCACUCUGUGUGUCCUCCUGAGCUGGAUGCAUGUGGAUCAAGCGGUGGCUGAACCCCAGUACCUGGUGGCCAUUCCUGCAGUUAUUGAAGCUGGAGCUGAGGCCAAAUUCUGUGUAACUCUCCGACAGCCCAGUGGGACUCUGGUCAUGACUGUCACUUUGAAGUCCCGAGAGAAGAACACGACCUUAUUCACACAUACGUCAAAUGAAGCAUUUCAAACCUGUGUUCAGUUUAAGGCUCCUUUGGUACAAAAGGAGGUGCAAGACUUUCAGGUGGAGGUACGAGGAGACACAUUUUACUCCAAACAAGUCAGAAAAGUGAUGAUCCGAGCGUCUGAUACCUUCACAUUGAUCCAAACAGAUAAACCCAUCUACCUCCCUGGACAAAAAGUGAAUUUCAGAGUCGUUGCCAUGGAUAAUAAGAUGCGACCAGCCAAUCAGCUGUAUGAUGUCAUUGAACUUCAGGAUCCUAAUAGUAACAGGAUUGGACAGUGGCUAAAUGAAACAUCCAAUAGCAGAAUACUGCAGCUUUCUUACUCCUUGGACACUGAGGCCCGUGAGGGACCGUACCAGAUCAUUGUGUCAAUGGGUGAUAGGAAAAUAUCUCACAAUUUCAAAGUGGAGAAGUAUGUUUUACCCAAAUUUGAUGUGACAGUAAAUAUAUCUGAAGAAGUACUUAUUGGGCAGGAAGACGUUGAAGCUAAAGUGUGUGCAAAGUACACGUACGGACAGCCUGUACCAGGACGUGUUACAGUUAAUGUGUGCCGACCUAUUAAUAGGUAUAGCAGUUUUAGUAUAUCGCUGUACGAUUACGAUCUUAUGGCCCUAUGGCAGAUGGGUGGCUCCUGCCACACAGAGACAAAGCAGGCAGACAAGACUGGCUGUGCAACUUUUUCCUUCAACAUGUCAAUUUUUACUAAAAUGGACGAAAAGCUUCAAGAUGUUCUGGAUAUCAGGGCCAAAGUGGAAGAAGAGGGAACAGGUGUUUCACUCCCACAAGAGAAGAGAGUCACGAUUUCUUACGUCCUUGGAAAAGUGUCUUUUAUUAACGUGCCCAAGAUUUGGGAACGGGGAUCUAAUGUGGAAGGAAAAGUCAGAGCAGUGUACCACAAUAAUACACCAGUUUGUGACGCACCGGUUUACCUGUUCACGGGACAACUGUGGCAACCACGCUCACUACAAAAUCUGACAACUGACAGCAACGGUGUGGCCUCAUUUUCUAUCUUCCAGGUGUUGUCCAGAGGAGCUGUCAUCAUGCAAGGACAAACACAGGUUCAAGUGCAAGAUAGAUCGGUGACUGAGGGCCAGGUGAACUUUGAGUUUAGAGUGUCUCCUGAGAUGUCACCAGAGUUCCAGCUUGUGGCUUAUGCUGUCCUGCCAAGUGAGGAUGUAAUUGCCCACAGUGCCAACUUCUCUACUGACAAAUGCUUCAGCAACAAGGUGUCAGUGGAGUUUUCACCGUCUUCAGCCAUCCCAGGUGAAGAGACCAACAUGCAGGUGACGGCCCUGCCACGUUCUCUGUGUGGUGUGAGCGCCAUCGACAAGAGUGUUCUCAUCAAGGAGCCUGGGAAGACUCUGGAUGCAGAUAAGAUAUUUGACUUGCUCCCACUCAAGAAAUCCUCAGGUAUCCCAUAUGAGGUUCGAGAUGCUGAAGAAUGCCUAAAUGUGAGACCAAAAAGAUAUGUUUUGCCGUACCCCAGUCAAGAGCAAAAUGACGCCUAUGCAGUUUUCCAGAAAGUCGGACUGAAGAUGGCGACAAACUUGAUUUUUCGAUUGCCUUCAUGCCUCAAGUUCAAAGGAAAAUUUUACCAUGAUGGCCCUCAUGUCGUCUCCGGGGCUGUGAAUGUGACUGUGUCUGCUGAGGCCGUAGCGUCCCAUGUGUCAUGUGAUAAUGAGGUUGUGAGCGUACCAGACAGAGGUCGCAUCGACGUGGUCACCAAAUCUCUCAUAGUGAAGGCCGAGGGAACUGAGAUGACAAAGACGUACAACUGGCUUCUUUGUCCAAAAGGAAACACACCGAUAGAGGAAACAGAGAUACAUCUGCCUGAGAAUGUGAUAGAAGGAUCUGCCCGCACUUCUGUAUCAGUCCUGGGUGUCAUCCUCGGCCGGGCUCUGAAGAACCUGGAUGGAUUGCUGCAGAUGCCACAUGGAUGUGGGGAGCAGAACAUGGCUCUCCUGGCCCCCAACAUCUACAUCCUCCACUACCUGAAAGGCACACAGCAGCUCACCACAGCAAUCAUGAAAAAAGCUACUAACUUCCUCACCAGUGGAUACCAAAGACAGCUCAACUACAAAAGUGACGACGGUGCUUACACCACAUUUGGAGUAGGACCAGGAAACACUUGGCUGACUGCGUUUGUGGUAAGAAGUUUUGCCAAAGCUCAGUCUUUCAUCUAUAUUGAUCCCAGAACGAUCGAAGAGUCUAAGACCUGGCUGCAACAUAAACAACAAGAAACUGGCUGUUUUGAAAAGUCUGGGAAACUCUUCAACAACAGAAUGAAGGGUGGUGUAUCUGAUGAAGUGACUCUCAGUGCGUACGUUACUGCUGCCUUCUUGGAAAUGAAUAUAUCCCAACAUGAUCCUGUGAUGAAAAAGAGCCUGGCUUGUCUCAAGGAGUCUAUCAGUGACCUGAGCAACACCUACACUACAGCUCUGCUGGCCUAUGUGUUCACCCUGGCAGGAGACGUGGAGACCCGCGCUCACCUUCUGCAGCACUUAGACACAGUUGCAGUGAGGGAAGGAGGUUUCCUCUACUGGUCUCAGACAGCAGCAGAAAAAUCAGCCUCCCUGUCAGUGGAGAUCAGUUCUUAUGUGCUGUUGGCCAAACUCAGCGUCUCCCCAACUGCUGAGGAUCUGGCAUAUGCCUCUGGUAUUAUGAGGUGGCUGACUGGGCAGCAGAACUAUUACGGAGGCUUCUCCUCCACUCAGGACACAGUGGUGGCUCUUCAGGCUCUGGCUCUCUACUCCACUCUGGUGUUCAGUCCUGAAGGUUGGAGCACAGUGACAGUUCAGGCUCCCAGCAGUCAGCUGACAUUUGAUGUCAAUCAGGGCAACAAACUGCUCUACCAGGAGGAGGCGCUGCAGGAAGUGUCAGGAAAAUACAGGCUGGAGGUGAAGGGCACUGCAUGUGCUUCAGUGCAGAUUUCUGUCCACUACAACAUCCCGACACCUACUGAUGUCACCACUCUCAGUGUGAAAGUACAACUAGAGGUCGACACCACCAGUGAAUCUGCUAGACCUAAAUUCAUCGCUUAUUUCCGGUCUACCCGGCUUCCGGAGGACCCGGCCCACUUAGACCACGAAGGUCGGGUCCUCAGGUGGACGCACCCUCUGAAUUUGGACACCCCGGAACAGGCCGGUGACAUUUAA